UUCCGCUUCUUGCUCGCAUGAGCACCGUCGGUCUCGUCUCUCCUAUCUUCGUUCGAUGCUUCCAUGGAUGGUGCGAUGCAAUCACAAUGCCCGAUGAGUCUGGGGCAUUUGGCCGAUAAGUAGAGUGAAAAUGCCGACAUCGGGUGACUUGCCAAGACGGGGGGGAUAAAGAAAUGCCUAGCGCGCUCCUCCGCUGCAAACGGUGACCACACCACCAAGGAUGCGCUAUCUCUCCACAUCGGCCUAGUCAGUUGGCGCACUGUCAGUAGAGAUCGGCAAUAGAUGCACGACUCGACGUCGACAUGGUCGUUAUAAGAGACCCGUCGUGGAGGAACGUGGCCUAGCAAACCGGCUUUAUUCCUUCAUAACUUUCGCAUCGCAUCUCAUCUCAUCUCUUACCAACCAGACCGCGAUAUUUGCGCAUCAUGUCGCCUCCACGCGAUGACAAGGCCUUCGAUGGCUCCAUCAACGAAAAAGAUGCCCAGGUUGGCGCCACUGAGGAAAUCCACAUCGACCCCGUCGCAGAGAAAAAGCUGAUUCGCAAACUCGACCUUGUGCUCUCGCCUAUGAUGGUGUUGAUCUUCCUCGUGGCUUACCUGGACAGGUCUAACAUCGGUAACGCCGCCAUCGCAGGCAUGAACAAAGAUCUGAACCUGACUGGAAACCGCCUCAACGUCGCUGUCACGCUGUUCUACGUCACAUACAUCGCCUUCGAAGUCCCAGCCUCCCUCAUGUUGAAGAAACUCCGUCCUUCCCGCCUGAUUCCCUUCUUUAUCAUCGGGUGGAGUGCAGUCAUUAUCGGAGCUGCCUUCAUUGAAAAUUACGCUUCUCUCAUCGCUACUCGCUUGCUUCUCGGUGCCUUCGAAUCCGGCCUUUUCCCCUGCUUAACCCUAUAUCUGAGCAUGUACUACAGGCCUCUGGAGCAAGCGCGCCGAGUGUCCUACUUGUUCGUUGCAUCGGCGCUUUCGGGCGCUUUCGGUGGCUUGUUGGCGUAUGGGCUGACAAACUUGCACGGGGCUAAGGGUCUUGCCGGCUGGAGAUGGCUUUUCCUCGUCGAAGGAAUUAUCUCAAUGGUUGUUGGCAUUGCUACCAUCUUCCUCCUCCCAGACAACUUUGAAACGGCGUGGUGGCUCAACGAGGACGAAAAGGCUCUGCUACGCGCGCGUCAUGAAAACGAGCGCUUGUACCAAGGCAAGUCCAUGACAACGGAUGCCAUGGACAAGUCAGAGGUCAAGCUUGCCUUCCGCGACCCGAAGGUGUGGCUGAACUCCAUCUGCCAGUUCUGCGCCAACACUUGCUCUUUUGGAUUCUCCACCUUCCUCCCAGUCAUCAUCCGCGGCUUCGGAUUCUCCAGCGUUCGCACUCAACUCUUGACUGUACCCGUAUACAUCUGGGCAUCCGUUAUCUACCUUGUAGUAGCGUUCUUCUCGGACUACUUCAACCGCAGGGCUUUCUUCAUGGUCCCUCUUGCGCUCGUCACGACCAUCGGCUACGCAAUGAUGCUCGGCGUCUCAAUGGACAGAACGGGGGUGUUGUAUUUUGCGACGUUUGUCACGGCCACGGGUAUCUAUUGCUGCGUAGGCCUGAAUGUAACAUGGAUCAUCAAUAGCAACGCAGGGUACUUCAAGCGUGCAACGGCCAUCGGCUUGCAACAGACUAUCGGUAACAGUGCUGGUAUCAUGGCUGGCCAGAUCUACCGCAUUACGAACAGCGACGGUCGCUACGUGAUCGGGCAUGCAGUUUCAAUUUCGACCAUCACAAUUGCGGCGUGUGGAUAUGCUCUUAUGUAUUUCCUGCUGCGUAGAAUCAAUCGUAAGAGGGAGGUUAUGUCGAUUGAGGAGAGGAUUCGGGAGAUCGACUCCGGCAAGAUGGGUGAUCGCCAUCCUGAUUUCAAGUACACAUUGUGAUUGCGAAGGAUUCCUUCCCUGGUCUCAUCAUUAUAUAUACAGGCCGCGCAAUCUAUACAUAUUAAAUAUAUCAGCGUCUCUGCAUUUCUCUGAUUGUGCACAGACCACCCUACUGCGCCACUC